AUGGUUGAACCAGGAUUAAAACAUUUCAGGACUGAGGCAAGUAAGAUCAGGCAAUUAAAAUAAUACAAAAAAUGGAAUAAAAUCCCCAACAAUAAAGAUAAAAAAACAAACAACAGUAAACAGGUAAGACAUGUAUCCUUCCUGUUUUAGUGUGCUAGAAUUAAUAAAAGGCUUUUUUAAAAAAGAUAUGUUUUGAGAAGUGAUUUAAAAGAUGUUGCUGAUCCUGCAAGCCUCAGAUUCUUGGGCAAGGAGUCCAGAGCUGAGGAGCCCUUACUGCAAACACCUUUAGUCUUGAGCUGGGGCUUAGAAAGACACAGCAGAGCCCUGCCUGAGGAUCUGAGGCCACGCUCUGGCUCAUAGCGGAGCAGCAAUUCAGCAAUGUACCUGGGAGCUGAACCAAGAAGUGCUUUAAAUGUGAUCAGUAAAAUCGUUAAAUCAAUUAUAAAACUUACUGGUAACCAGUGAAGAGAGGCUAAAACAGGGCUGAUCUCCUCCUCUAGUAUUUAUUAAAAGCCAAGCAGUUUUGUACCAGCUGAAGGUGUGAGAUCGUUUUCUGGCUUAAUCCUGAACACAAUGAAUUACAGUAAUAUAACUGAGAUGAAAUAAACGCAUGGAUGACCUUCUCGAGAUCAGACUGAGAGGGAAAAGACCUGAUUUUUGAGAUGCUGGAUGGACUUUGGGGGACCAAAGAGAGUUAUUUCUGAUUUGUUGCCCUCUUCACUGUUUUUUAAUGAACAUAAAUUUUUGUGUCAUCUGCAUAACAAUGGUUCUGGAUUUUUGUGUUUACAUAUAUGUCCUAGAGGGAGCAUAUAUAUACAGAACAACAAGGGGCCAAGGAUGGAGCCUUGGGGAACACCGCAAGUCAGAGUGGCCACAGAAGAGGAAACAUGGUGCUAUGACAGCACAGAAACCUGAUUGAAAUUUGACAAAAAAUAUCAUUUAUAAAGGAAAUCAACUCUAAGUGGACAAUCGUCUUUUUUUUAUCAAACUUUUGAUAAAAACAGUAACUUAGAAAUGGGUGUAAAAUCUUUAAAAUCUGUAGGGUCAAGGUUAGGUUUCUUGAGCAGUGGGUGAACUACUGUGUUUAAGGCAUGAGGGAACACAGCCAGUGGACAGAAAGCUAUUUACAAUAGAUAAAAUAGCGGGACCAACACUGUUAAAAACCUCUUUGAGAAAUCUGGCAGGCAUAAGAUCUGAAGGGGAAAAAAAGUGCACAUUGAAAGGGCCUCAAAGUUAUUGAGCAGAGGGGUUGCAAUGUGGAGAAGGAGAAGGGUCACUGAUUACAUGACCAAUCUGGAGUUUUAUUUAAUUUAUUUGUUUGUGAAGAAGGAUAAAAUUUGCUCACAGAUCAUGUUUGUGGCUUCAGUUUAUUGGCUGAUACUGAUUAUGAUUAUUGGCUAGGAGAGUUAAUUACAGAUUUGAUGGUUUUGAAAAGAAUUCUGGGGUUAUGAUGGUUUGUUGUAAUGAUGUUGGAGAAAUAGGAGGACCUGGCUUCUUUUACUAUUAUUUCUACUAUUAUUUUUGAUAGGCAGACAUUAGUUCUUUCAUAAUUUGAUAUGACACUACCAGGCUGUCCUUUUUCCAUUUUUGUUCAGCUUGUCUGCAUUUUCUCUUUAUUUCUUUGGUAUAGUUAUUUAGCCAACGUGUGCUGCGAGUUGAUUGGACAUUCUGGAUUUUUACAGGUGCUAUGGAGUCAAGUACAUCUUAACAUGUAUUGUUGAAGUUGUUUAGUAAUUCUUCUGUAGACAAAUUUGAUUUGUGGCUAUUGCUAUGUGUAGAUGCAGUGGUGAAGGCCUUGUGAAAUCUUUCAGCAUAGUUUGUAUUGAAGAAACAUAAGUAGCCACUGUGGGAGCAGCGGGUCGAAAGAGGGAUUUAAAAGUAAUAGCUUUGUGGUCAGACACACAUGAGCUAGCCUCACAGAGAUCAACACUAUCAAGAAUAAAACCAGGGGACAGUAAAUGUCCAGGGUGUGGCCCUUUAAGUGAGUGGCACCCUCAACUGACUGAGUGAGAUUAAAAGAAUGCACAAUGUUUAUAAAAUCCAUAGUAAAAGAGGAUCCAGGGGGUAGCAUAUAUGUAAGUCACCUAAAAUCAAGACUCUGUCAAAGUGAGGCAUACUAAGAGCUAUCUAUCUAUCUAUCUAUCUAUAAUAUAAUUUUUUUUAAAAAUGUAUGAAAUCAUUUUUUCUCUUUCUUGCCUCUUGAUGAGCAUACUCACACAUUAAAGAUGAGGGUUUUAUGCUGCAAAAAUGGAAAGGUGAUGUGAGUAUGUCAGCUGAAAUGACUAAAUAAGAGGAUAGUUCUCCCUGAGGUAAAUCUAUGAUGAGGGAGGGUGUUGAACUUGUCCUUUACAAGUUUUCUUUUAAUCAAGCCCUCUGAAAAAGGAGGGGUUGCAUUUGCAAAUUUCUCCGGGUAAUCUCAGUUCCGAUGUUUAAGGUCUCAACAUGCAUCAUGAAAUGACAAAACAACCUGUCUAACUGUUCUUAAAUAUGCUGAUCUGUGCCCUCAGUCUACCCAUGUAUCAUGCUGCUCCCACUAAUACAAAAAUAAGGAGUUGUUUCAAAUGAAACACACACUAUUACAUAUUGAGUUCUGUAUAUAGAGUUGUUUUUUCUGGUCACACCCUAAUACAAAAAACACUAACCUACUUAUACCUGUGAUAAAGGUAAUAAAAAGGGGAAGAUGUCUAUACCUGCUGUAAACUUUUGUUUCGAUUGAAGGUGAAUCAUUGGGGAAAUAUUGGUCCAAAGGUCAGUGAUGAUAACCCACUCCCACUGUAGUUUACAACCUUCACUCACUCCAGGAAAGACUGCACAAAGACAACCAGCAAAAUGAAGCACCUGCUAAUUUUUGGGAUUGCUUUUGCUGCAUUCCACAUCUGCAAAUCCGAGAAACCAGAAUGUACGUUGCCUAAGGAUGAAGGUCAUGGCACAAGCUUUGACUUUUGUGUGUAUUAUGAUGCCACCACCGAUAAGUGCAACCCUUUCCUAUACAGAGGCCAAGGAGGAAAUGCCAAUCGUUUCAAAAAUGAAAGAGAGUGCAUUAGAAACUGUUCCGCCAAUGCAGAAGCUAUCUACCCCAUGGAUGCAACCGCGGCUUGCAGAUUUAAAAAGGAAGUCGGUGAAUGUAAUGCUAAUCUUUUGAGAUACUACUAUGAUUCUGCUCGUGACAAAUGCAAAAAAUUCAUUUGGACUGGAUGCAUGGGGAACGGAAACAGAUUUACUGACCAAGACGUCUGCAACAAAACCUGUACUGGCAUCCACGUUGAUGGGGAGGACCCGGAGGAAGACGAGCCAGACACUCCUAUUGCAAUCAUCUGUGGAGUUUUGCUUGCUGUGAUCGUUGUUUCUAUCUUCGUAACGGUGAUCGUCUUGACCGUUAAGUCAAAGAACAAAGAAACCAAGAAGUCAACAGGGAAAAGUAGAGAUGCCCAGACUGACGCACCUCUUCGGGACACCAUUGAAAUGGCAUAGAGGAUCAUGUCAUUGAAGAGACACCUCGAUAGUAAUGUGUGGAGUUUCCACCAGCCUGGUACUUUGAUAUAACUCUACUAAUAUUGAUACCAAUAUUAUGAGUCAUUAUAACAUUUCUAAGUUCUUUGACUUUUUUGACAUAUGUAAUAGCACUAUAAUUUUGUUAAAUUUUCUAUUUUCUUUCACCUCUACUUUUUGGGCAAAGGGAUGUUUCUUAAUUGCAUUAUUUUCCUGAGAGCUCGGUCAAAUAUUUUUUAUUCAACAUUAAUCUCAAUAGCUUACAUGAUAAGUCAAUUGAUUGAUUAGUCAUUCAACAGGAAAUUAAUUAGCAACCAUUUUGACAAUGGAUUGAUCGUUGAAGACAUUUUUCAAGGAAACAAGCCAAAUAUUCCCAUUAUUUCAGUUUCAGUAUUUCAGACUGUUCAGUCACAACAAGAAAUUUAGGAAAUUGAAAGAGACAUUUCUCACCAAUUUUGGACAUUCUAUAGACCAAACAAAUAAUUGAUAACAUAGUUUACACUUUAUUGUCUUUGCUAUCAUUAUCAAUCAGUAUUUUAGACAAACAUUGAAGCACAGUCAGGAGUAGAAAUACAUCAUUCCACAUUUAGAAACUCAUUUGCUCAUGCAAAAUUACCUGAAAUGCUUUUAACUAUGUGAUAUUAUAAUCAUUCCAAUGUUUCCGAUAUAUAACUGCGUCAUCUUCUGGCUCAGUGAUUUACUAAAAACAGGCUGAAAUCUUUUGAAUGUACGUGCCAAUUCAAAACUCAACACAUACUAUAUUCAGAGCUGUUUUUGUACAGUAAUACUCACUAUGCAUUGUCUGUUAAUAUGUUUUCCUGCUUAGCAUUUGUGAAUCUUUUGUUUUAGUCUGUAAAGAUCCCAGCGUAAAAGUGCCUAAACCAACUUUUCACAUUUUCCCACAUUUAUCUAAAAAUGGCUGUACUAUCUUUAAAUGCUCAUAUUUGGUAUUUGGGAUAUUAAAUGAUUAUUCCCAAUAGAGUUGGAGAAUAAUCACUAACAUCUUAUGGGAAAUAUGCUUGUGGAGUUGCAGAUUUUUUAUUAUUCACUGUAAUUGUGGAACAGUGUUAUUUAACAAAACACAUUACAGGUUCUUCUUUUCAAGGUGGUUUUGCACCGGUUGUGCUGCCGUGUUGUGGCAGGGGUUUUUCAAAGUUAGGUUAUUUGAUUAGUUCAAUAAAGGAUGCAGUUGGCAUUUGUCUUGAUGUUAAGUUUCUCAUCAUUAUUAACGCAACAUUAAAUUCCUUUCGUGUGGAUGGUCUUGUUGUGAAAUAAAAGAAAAGUUUAACUUUAAUUAAUCAAGUAGUAGACACGUGAUGUGUGAAGACUUUUUUUGUCUGAACAUGGAUAACUUUGUACAACAAUAUUCAGUUGUCAUUAUUGCAGUUGCAGUGAAUUGAUUUGUUGAUUAAAGGGAUGUUUCUAUUU